AUGGACGGCACUGUAACUCGCCAAAUCGCCUUCAUCAUUUCGAAUCUACAUUGCUCGUCAUGUGUAUCGAGCAUCGAAGAAGUCCUUAGUCGCCUCCAGCCCAAGCCCCUCUCCAUCUCACAUUCAAUUGUUCAGCACAUCGUCACGGUCGUCCAUCCGGUGUCUUUGGCCGCAGAAACCAUAGCCAAGACGCUGGAGGAUGAAGGCUACGAGGUGUACAGCGUGAUCGGUAAUCCUCUCUCGGAACAGCCUAUCAUCAUCGAUGAGACCAGGCUCGUCCAGGACGGAGAACAAGGAUCUUGGGUGCUAGGCCAAAGCCUCCAGCGGUGGUGGUCGAGCGGAAGCCUCGCCGCCGCGGAGAGGAAAAAGCAAAGACAUAAAGAACAUUGCGAGCAGUGUCGGUCCGAGCAUGAAGCCGCGGAGAACGGAGAGGAGCUUGCACCGCAUCCGAUUGACAGCAUGGACACCGAACGCGGCGCCAAAGCCGAAAAGUUCGUUGUUGUUCAUUCGACUUCAGCUUCGAGGAAGUUCAUAGCAUCCCUCGCGAUCGAGGGCAUGUCCUGCAGCUCGUGUGUUAGCAAGAUCAGCCACAGUCUUGAGGAAAAACCAUGGGUUGAAUCCGCGAACGUCAACCUUCUGACCAACAGCGCUACCGUUAUAUUUACGGGCGAGGAUCAUACGAAGGAGCUUAUCGAGGCCAUCCGUGACGUUGGCUAUGAGGCCGAUAUAGAGCAGGUCGAGGAAAUUGGUAAGGACCGCAUGAUCCCGAGCGCCCCGCGCCUGGAAAGCGACCUAUGGAAAGCGUCCUACACGGUUGGAGGCAUGACCUGCAGCUCCUGCGUUGGAAGUAUUACGAAAGCAGUGGAUCAACUUCCAUGGGUCAAGGCCGUUGACGUCAAUCUCCUCGCGAACAGUGCUGUCGUUGUCUUGGAGGGCAAAGACCAUUUGGAUGAGAUCCAAAAUGCGAUCGAGAAUGUCGGCUACGAGGCUAAAUUGAUCGAAGUGGUAGAGGCCGGCGGUAAUCGCCAACAACAGAGUUCAAGGAGGACAGUUUCAAUCCAGGUUGGAGGGAUGUACUGUGAACAUUGUCCGGAAAGAAUGGAGAAAGCUAUCCUUGCUCUUAGCAAGGAAGUAGUACUAGACAAGCCCGCUACCGUUGGCGACCCGAUUCUCAAAGUCUCCUAUUCCCCUGACGCACCGCGACUCACAGUGCGAACGAUUCUCGCAUCCAUUUCCGACGCCGAUCCUGCGUUCAAGCCCUCCAUCCAUCAUCCUAUGACGAUUGAGGAACGAUCGCAGCGAAUGCAAGCUCGGGAACAGCGUCACAUCCUCUAUCGGCUGAUCUUGUCCGUCGUCAUUGCGAUCCCGACCCUGAUAAUAGGCAUCGUGUACAUGGCUCUAGUCUCGGAGUCCGACCCUAAUCGCCAAUACUUAAUGGAGCCCUUGAGCAGGAUCAGUCGAAUGGAGUGGUCGCUGUUUGCUUUGGCGACGCCCGUAUACUUCUUCGCCGCCGACAUUUUCCAUCGGCGUAUGUUGAAAGAGUUGCGCGCGCUAUGGAGACCAGGCAGCCAGACGCCGAUACUUGGACGGUUCUACCGGUUCGGCAGCAUGAACAUGCUUAUCUCUCUGGGCACAACCAUCGCGUACUUCUCCUCCAUCGCUGAGAUGGCCAUCACCGCGACCCGCAAUAAGGAUCCGCACAUGGACAUGGGCAUGGGCAUGGGCAUGGAUGACGAGGCCACUCCGUCCUACUUCGAUUCGGUGGUCCUCCUCACCAUGUUCCUCCUCGCAGGCCGGUUGAUUGAAGCGUAUAGUAAGGCUAAGACGGGCGACGCCGUUGCGAUGUUACGGAAACUGCGUCCGACGGAAGCUCUUCUCGUCUCCAGCGAGGCUGCCUAUAGUCCCGAGGCGCAGUCCGACACGUCCGUGCAGAAAAUCAACGUAGACCUUCUCGAGUCUGGCGACAUAGUCAGGAUCCUCCAUGGUGGCUCCCCCCCUUGCGAUGGCACGGUCAUCGCGGGUUCCGCAAAGUUUGACGAGUCCAGUCUCACGGGUGAAUCAAGGCUCGUGUCUAAAUCGGUCGGCGACAAUGUCUACUCCGGUACGGUGAACCAGGGUGGCGCUAUCUCAAUCCGUCUUACUGGGGUCGCUGGCGCUUCGAUGCUAGACCAAAUCAUAAAAGUAGUCCGGGAAGGGCAAACACGCCGUGCGCCAGUCGAGAGGGUUGCCGACGCCCUUACGAGUUACUUCGUUCCACUUGUGGUUCUAGUCGCGGUCUCUACCUGGAUUAUAUGGCUAGCCCUUGGGCUUAGCGGAGCGUUGCCAGAGUCUUGGCGUGAUACGAAUGUUGGGGGUUGGCCAUUCUGGUCACUACAAUUUGCUAUCGCCGUUUUCGUCAUCGCUUGUCCUUGCGGUAUUGGUUUGGCUGCCCCAACAGCGCUCUUUGUUGGCGGUGGUUUAGCAGCGAAAUACGGUAUCCUAGUAAAGGGAGGCGGAGAAGCUUUCCAAGAAACCAGCCAGCUUGACUGCAUAGUUUUCGACAAGACGGGGACUUUGACGCAGGGCGGCGAACCUGUUAUUACUGACUACCUCUACACUAACGGUAGUGGCGAAGGCUUUGCCGACGAGGAUACUGCCUUUGCUACAGUCAAGAUGCUGGAGGAAGACAGCUCCCAUCCUAUCGCUAGAGCGGUGGUCGGUUUCUGCAAGGCACGGAAUGCAAGCGGUUUCACGACAAAGGAAACUUUCGAAAUUGCAGGUAGAGGGAUGAAAGGCUCGUUUACCGCCACAGCGCACCCAGGAAAACUGAUCGGCGUGCUUGUAGGGAACGAGACCCUGAUGAGCGAUCAUGGCGUGGUCGUACCAGAGGACGUGGCUAGGACGCUGAACACUUGGAAGAGUGAGGCGAAGUCGGUUGUUCUAACGGCUAUGAGGAUCGUUCCCGAGGACGCGGCGGUCUCUGUAACUGACGAAUGGACUCUUUCAGCUAUCUUCUCCGUUUCAGACCCGCUCCGACAAGAAGCAACCAGCGUGGUCAACGCUCUACAACGCCGCGGCAUAGACGUAUGGAUGAUAUCUGGUGAUAAUCCCGUAACAGCCUUCGCUAUCGGAGACAAGGUUGGCAUUCCUCGGGAAAAUAUCAUCGCUGGAGUGUUACCGGAACAGAAGGCUGAAAAGAUCAAAUAUCUUCAGAACUCACUCCAGAAGAGACAGAGCGGCAGAUUCCGCAGGCGAAGCAACCGGACUCGGGCAACGGUGGCCAUGGUUGGUGACGGGAUCAAUGACUCGCCUGCUCUUACCACGGCCGAUGUAGGGGUCGCUAUUGGAUCUGGUUCCGACGUCGCUAUCUCCGCUGCCAAAUUCAUCCUCCUUACAUCCGACUUAACUGCUAUCCUCACUUUGACCGAUCUUAGUCAUGCCGUUUUUAGGCGCAUCAAAUUCAACUUCCUUUGGGCAUUGAUUUAUAACAUGGCGGCGGUACCUGUUGCGGCUGGAGUCUUUUACCCGCUUACGAGCAACGGAAAUCAUAUUCGGCUUGAUCCUGUUUGGGCGGCGCUUGCUAUGGCUCUUAGCAGUGUCAGCGUUGUAUGCAGCAGUCUACUGCUGCGGAGCAGGCUGCCUCUCGUGGGAUUUCGGGCACAGAAACAGAGAGCCGACUAA